GGCGCGCUCCCCAGCCCGCUCGAUUGGCUCCUCCCCGGUCACCGCCUCUUUUUCCGCCCCUUCGUCCACCGUCUUAGCUUCAAGCUUGCCCGCCUGCCUUGCGUCCGGCGAUGCUCAAAUUGGCUGAUAUAUUUAAUGCCCCAAGUGAUGAUGAAGACUUUCUUGGUUUUGGAUCUGAUGUUCCCAUGGAAACAUUGUCACUGGAAGAUAGCUGUGAAAGUUCUGAUUUACUUAAAUCAAGAAAAAUGGAUUCCCAUUUGCAGUCCAAGUACCUAACUGAGCAGCUGAGGAAGAUUUUUACAGAAGACAUAGAUUCAGAAAAUGAAGUGUUUGAAGGAUUUUCUUCAACUGAACAUGAAGCAGUGGAAUCAGAACUAGAGAAUAACUCACCCUUAACGGAGGAAGAAGAAGGACAGAAGGAAUUUAAGUCAUCUCACAAGAAAAGAAGCUUCAGAUUUCGUGUAGCAUUACAGUUUCCUAACAAGAAAUCAGCUGAAAAGACUUCUCCCAAGUUCUGUUUAAUGGACAGUAAACAAUCUCCUUUUCUUAAACAAACAAAAAAUAAAAUUUGGGCCAAGGCAGAUCAAGAUACUUCAUCAGGAUCUGAGGGAGAUGAGGCACCAGAUGAAAACUCUAAUGCACUUUUGAAAAGAGAUAUGAACAUCAAAGAAAAUAAAGCUGUGCUUGCCCAGUUGUUAUCAGAACUGAAUUCUAUACCUGCCAUAUUUCCAGUGAAAACCCCUUCCUCAACUCCUAAACAGAAGAAAACACCAAGGAGAACAUUUUCAGAAAGCCAGAUACAGCGUCGAACUAACCCAACCAGGAAUGCUCGUCCCCCAGAAAAGUUUGCUUUGGAGAACUACACUGUUUCCGCUGUCAGAUUCGCAGAACACCUUAAUAGUUACAAACACCAACAUUUAUUGAAGAAAAGACUAAAAGGGGGUGUUUUAGGGACGCCCAAAAGAAGAAGAGUAUCAAGAUAUAGUUCAUUCCGAACAGUUGAUGAUAUAACCGAUGAAGACUUAGAAAAUAUUGCAGUUACAGUUAAAGAUAAAAUCUAUGAUAAGGUUUUGGGAAGCACGUGCCAUCAGUGUCGACAAAAGACAAUUGAUACAAAAACAAUUUGUCAUAAUGAAGACUGUGGAGGUGUGCGGGGACAGUUCUGUGGGCCAUGUCUUCGUAAUCGCUAUGGGGAAGAUGUAAAAUCAGCACUUCUGGAUCCAGAGUGGCUGUGCCCUCCUUGCCGUGGAAUAUGUAACUGCAGCUACUGCCGUAAACGUGAUGGUCGUUGUGCCACAGGAGCACUUAUCCACUUGGCAAAGUUUUAUGGUUAUGACAACGUAAAAGAGUACCUCGAAAGUCUGCAAAAGCAUCUUGCUGUGGAUGACUGAAAAUACCAGACACAGCUACGUGACUUCUGAUCUUGGAUAACCAUGGGCUGCAAAAAAUACAGAAGGUCACUAGAUGACAGCAGAGUUAAGAGUUCUAUAUGUUUUUGCUACCAUAUAGUAGUCUGGAUUUUCGCAAUCCAAAUAAAGUAGUUCUACUAUUUUUAAAAGAAGAAAAAUGUAUUUUAGCCUUUGGCUAUAAUUAAGAUAUUUUGAGGUUUUGCUUAUGGCCAGGCUACAUGCUAUACACAUAACAUACAAGUGUGUCCUGACUCCCAGGAAACACUCUGAGACAGGGAACUGGUCUCUAAUGUUUUAUUGCUAAUACAUAACAGUAAUCCUAACAAACUGAACAAGCGUGGGAAAAACCCAGCCAUAUAAACCCGCAGGUUAAGGCGGUCCCAAUCUGUGCCUCUUGGAAUGGCUCACCAAUUCCUCAGUGCUACGCAUGCGCUUAACAGUCUGGAAAGGAGCCCCCUGCUCGCCAUCCUUACUCAUGACAAAGUGACUUUUUAAAAAUAACUUACAUUGGUCUUACAACAUAUAUAUGAGUUUGAUCUGGGUUGGGGCCACACAUGCAGUUUAUGGAAACUUGAAAUGUUAUUCCCGCAUUUGAAAGAGGAAAAAAAAUCAGAGUCAUCUGCAUACUACACAUAUAACAUGUAUAAUUCAGUGCCAAUCAUUUGGUAUGUUCACUUCUACAUGAGUACUGUUUUUAUGUGCAGUAAAGUAAAUACAGUUUUUGCAUUAAAGAAAUGUUACAUAGAAGCAUGAUUUUGAGGGCUGCUUGUGGUAAUUCCAAACAGAAAUAUACAUGAUUUGAUGUGUGAACUAUUCUACCUUGGCUUAAGUAGCAAAGAUUUGUGCCUGAAAGUGUAUUGCUAAACUUCCAGAAGCAAGGCUACCCCUGCAAGCACCCACUUGGCUGGCUUUUCUUUAGUUUUUAAGUUAAAAGUCCAUAUGUAGGUGGGCCCUCUAAUUUUAGUUUUAUAAACUGGACAUUUGUAAAUGUGCUUGGUUUCUUGCCUCUCUACCGGAACUGCUCUCACAAAGAUGACUGGCAACAUUGGAGUCAAGUCCUUCAGUCGAGCUUCAGCUACAACUCCCGUUUGAGUGUCCCAUCUUGCUCCUGCAACCACAGAAAUACACACCUUAACUUGCAGGGCAGCAGUGUGUAACUAACUAGAGGAUCAAUCACAAUCUGUGUGCUUCUUCGUGUGCCUGUAAUCCUAUUGAUACUAAAUUCUGUAUUCUUUCUAAAAAUAAUGGGACUUACUGUUGGAAAGAUACUGUAGGAAUGAACAGUAUAAUAAUGCACUAUAAUGUUUUAUAUACUGUGACAAAAUUUGAAUCGUAGCUUCUUAUUGUGAAAACAGAAAAAAGUUAAGUCAAGUAUUCUUUUGAGACAAAGGGAGGGUGUACCAAAUUGUUGAUUAAGGUUAUAAUCCUGGUUCUUUUGGAGAAAAUAGCUAGUAUCUUAGUAAUACAGUAUAUACAUUUCAAAUUUUGAACAGCAAAUAUAUAAUUUGCUUUGACCUCUUGCUGUGUUGUGCUUCAUGUUGGCUUCACAGCAUUGUUAAAAUAAUAAGGAAUACUGAAAACUUGCUACAUUUGUCAUUGAUCCAAUAAAAGUAUACUUCUAUUUGCUA